AUGUCAAGAAACAUCUCAUACGGCCGCGGAGGGGCAGGCAAUAUAACCCGGCAACAAAGCACACCCUCACCAAAAGACCUCGUCACACCAACAAUCAAGCAAGAAGUCUAUACAACCGGCCGCGGCGGCUCAGGAAACAUGGUACACAAUGACCCCGAGCGACCUGAGAUUGCGCGCGAGAGCCAAGAUGUAGAGUCACCGCCACUGCGCGCCCAACAGAUGCCCCACCACACAGGCCGAGGCGGCGCCGCAAACGCUUACAUCCCCACUCCUGAAGAGGAAGAGCGCGCGAAGAAGAUCCAGGAGCAGGAAGCAGAGCUGAUGCGUGUGCGCACGCAAUCCAAGGAGCGUGUAAAGGAGAUGUCCCAGGAGAGACAGGAAUUGCGGAGGGGUUCACCUUCUUCUUCUUCGUCUUAA